AUGCGAGCGUUAGCGAUAUUUACAUUGAUUGUCUGCAUCAACGCGUACCCAUUCUUUGGUGUGAGUUACAUGGAAAAAGAGGUCGCCGAGCAACGAGUAUGUAUGAUAGAGACACAAAUCGAACACUUGGAAGAUGUUAGAAGAAAUCUGUUGGAUGCACUUGAUGCCUCAUACGAGGAUUUGUUUAACGCUGGGUGCUCGAGGGCUCGGAACCAUUUGAAACGCGUCAUCACAAAAUUAAGGAAAAGCGUCGUGAAGGUCGACAAAAGAAUUAAAAAGACCAGACACAUCAUUAAGAAGGUCAUCAAAAGACUUAACCCCCGCGCAAGAAACGAGGUCAUCAGAAACUGCAAGGUCGAAAGAAGACUUAUGCACAGCCAUCUUUUCUAA